GACUCGAAUGAGGACCGCUUCAUCGAGAUGGUUGGGAUGGGCGCCCUUGGCACGGCCUUCGGUGUCUUCGACGGGCAUGGCGGCACGUUCGCCGCAGAGUACGCGGGCAGGCAUCUCCCCAAGAACAUCGCGAACGUGUACGUGCAGCGAGGCGGCGGCAAGCGCGACCGCGGCGUCGACCCGCGGCGCCUCCUCGGUGCGAUGGAGGAGGCGUUCCCGCUGACGGACAAGGAGCUGCUGCAGCAGGCGCGGCGGAAGGGCUUCUCGGACGGCACCACCGCGCUGCUGCUGCUCGUCUCUGGCAGCGCGAUCGAGGAGCUCUCUCUAUAUCUGUGCCACGUCGGCGACUGCCGCGCCGUGCUGUGCCGCGGCGGCGCUGCGGUUCGUCUGACGCAGGACCACCGGCCGGACCGGAGGGACGAGCAGCGUCGCAUCAAGGAGGCUGGCGGCGGCGUCUUCCAGGUGAGUGGCAUCUGGAGGUGCACCGAUGCAAAGGGCGCCGCGCGCGCACUCGACGCGAAGGCGAGCUUCACGGACCACGACUCGACCCUCUACCUCUCGUGCUCUCGCACGCUCGGCGACCCUGCGCUCAAGAUGAACGACGAUCGGCCGAUCCUCUCCAACGUGCCGGACACGUCCCGCCACGCGCUGCAGCAGGACGACUUGUUUGUCAUCCUCGGGUGCGACGGCGUCUGGGACGUGCUCACCGACCAGCAGGCGGUCGAUCUCGCCCUCGAGCAUUGGCCGGACCCGUCUGCCGCCUCCGCCGCAAUUGUGCGCAAGGCCCUCUCCUCCGGCUCGGGCGACAACCUGACUGCGCAGGCGGUGGUGAGCUUCGGCGAGUGGAAGAGAGAGCGGGGCGCGGAGGUGGCCGCGCAGCGAGCGGCGGCGGCCGAGGUCGAUGCGAGGAUGGUGCGGGCGGAGGCGCGGAUGGUGCGGGAGCCGUCGACGCGGCCCAAGGAGGACGAGGUUGACAUGUUUGCUUGA